UCAUUUUCCAUGCAACACUUAUACUGCAUUUGUUAUUACAAGAGUGAAGAUGGUAUUCGACAUUCAAGGAAAAAUUGCAGUCCUUACGGGUGGAGCUGCAGGUAUCGGUUUUAGUAUCGCAGUGGAAUUACUUAAAAAUGGAUUAAAGGGUGUCGUUAUAGCAGAUAUAGACAGCAAGAGUGGAAAUGAGGCAAUCACUAAACUAACGAGUCAUUUCGGAAGUAAUAAAGCAGUAUUUUUAAAAACAGAUGUAACCAAAGCCGAUCAAUUAGAAGCUGCCUUUAAACUAGCACUUUCGACAUUUGGAGGAGUUGACAUAGUAAUCAACAAUGCUGGUGUUCUCAAAGAUUCUCAAUGGGAGCUCGAAAUCGCUGUUAAUUGUAAUGCUGUUGUUCAAGGAACAUUAUUGGGAAUCAAAUAUAUGGGAAAGAACAAUGGACACAAAGGAGGAGUCAUAGUGAAUAUUGCAUCAAUUUAUGGUUUUCAAGAAAUGGAAGCUUGUCCGGUAUACGUUGCCACUAAACACUUUGUUAUUGGCUUGGAUAAAUCGUUUGGAACAAAAUAUCAUUACGAUUUGACAGGUAUCAAAUUUGUAACUAUGUGCCCCGGAAUAACUGAUACAACACUAGUGGCCGAAUCUUCAGGGUUUUGUUUACCAGGUUUUCCAAAUUUGGGAAAAAUGUUAACUGAAGGAUUAGCAUCAUUGCCCCAACAAACGCCAGAAUGUGUUGGACAGGGGAUAGUGACUGCCAUUACUAAAGGAGAUCAUGGUAGUAUUUGGGUCUCAGAAGGAAAGGAACCGGCCUACGAACUUGAAGUUCCCGAUCGAAGAACAAUGAGAAAGCAUUAAUCGUUAUUAAUUUAAGGCCAUACAUUUAUUUUUAUGUUAAAAAAAAUUAAUAUACCACAUAGUUCUUA